GGGGAGCUUGCGGGAUCCUCAGCUUAGCGCUCCAUCGCUCAACGCCUCCCGCGCAGGUACUUCCGAUGUUGGUUUGCAGCUUGGGCGUUCUGCUCGCUCUGGCUUCUUUGAACUUCGCACAAAUCGUCUCGAAUUUGACGAUUUCAUCUAUGUUCAAUAGCUCGACUGCGGCUUCUUCGUUCGUCAACAACACUGCGUCGGUUUCGGGUAGUGCUACUCUUAGUUUUACGUCUACUGGUACGCUGUCGGCCCAAUUCCUUCUCAAUCAUUUCUUUGCGAAUAUCCUCGCCUGUUUAGGAAAGAAGAAAAAUCUAAGGAGACAAUAGCUGUAGGAAACAAUUCAGGAUCUGCCUGCAACGCUGAAUAUGUCUCGUGGUCAAAGGCUUCCCAGGCCUACUCAAGUAGCAACCGUUAUGUUACUUCCAAAAUCAACACCGCAAACUAUACGUCUACGAUAUUUUACAAAGAAAAUUAUAACAUCACGCGAGUGUGCGGUACCGGCAUCGGGGCUAUUUCAUAUG